CUACGCUCGUUGUCCCUCCGUCGACGCCGCCGAUACUUUUCUCUCAAAAAUACUACUGAAUUUUAGUCCCUUUCUUGAUCUUUUUUUUUAAUUUUCUCUCAGUUUAGACUUCCAGAUGGACUUAAGCGAAUACUGCAAGGGCUUGCCGAAGAUUGAACUUCAUGCUCACCUCACAGGCUCUCUGAGUGACGCCACAGUGCUUAAGCUUCUGCGAGCGAAGCAGGCAGAGGGUGGGGCUAACCUCCCCCAGUCAGCAGAGGUUACCAUCCAGCGUGGCCACAGACGCACACUUGAGGAGUGUUUUGAAGUCUUCAGGAUACUACACUGCCUAACGGAUAAUCUCAGCGCAAUAAAGACCAUAACGAGAGAUGUUAUUCAGGAGUUUGUAGCAGACAAUGUGUGUUAUUUGGAAUUGAGAACGACCCCAAAAGCCAUUCAUGGAGUAAUGACGAAGAAUCAGUAUAUUGAUACAGUUCUCGAGGCUAUGAUAGACGAAAUGAAUCAAAACGCUAUUACUGUUCGUUUGCUCAUUUCCAUCGACCGUUCUCGUGGUCUGGAUGAUGCAUGGGACACCCUGCAGUUAGCUAAGCAUUAUGCUGCUCAUGAACGCUUCAAAAAUCUUAUAUGCGGAAUAGACAUAAGUGGGAAUCCUCGGGCUGGAAACCUUGUUGAUUAUAUCCCUGUACUGCAAGAAGCAAAGCAAUGUGGACUCAAGCUUUCAGUUCAUCUUGCAGAGGUUUUAAAUGAAAAGGAAACACUGGAACUCUUGAAGACUGAACUUAUAGACAGAAUCGGUCAUGGGACAUUCAUCCACCCGGAGACAGGCGGGUCACAGGAGCUGUUGCAGCUCGUCAAAAGUCAGGCUAUUCCACUUG